AAUUGACAAAAUGUCAUUCUUAAUUCCCUUCUGCAUUCGGGCGAGUCAAAAUAAACAAGAAAAAUGAAAUGAUUGUGAUAUUAAAAUUGCUUAUUUAAUUGCAAUUGAGAGAUAAUUACAAUUUAGACAAAUUUUAGUAUAUAGUAUCGUAGUUUUAGAAGCUUUAAAACAUGGCUUUUGUGUACCAAGGAGACAGUGAAUUAGAAUCGAAAUCUAAAAAAGCUGCAGAGCGGAUAUCGGAGAACAUGCAUAUAGUGGCAAAUGAGCCUUCAUUGGCUUUGUAUAGACUACAGGAACACGUAAGAAAAGCUUUGCCUCCCAUGGUUGAGAGACGAGUCGAAGUUACCAAAUUACAGCACGAACUGCAAGGAAGGUGCUAUGACGUGGAAUAUGCUCUCAGUGCGGUAAAAUCAAUGGACGGUGCCGCAACCAGUUUUAAGAACAUCCAAGAAAUGCUGAAGCAAUCAAUAUUUUUAAAGCAACAAUUAAAAUAUGAGGAAGCUAGGAGAAAUAAAAAAGAUUCUAAUUCUGUUUACAAACGUCUCUCUGCUCAUAUUGUUCUUGACCUACCGGACUUGUCUGAAUUCUCUAUGGUUAGGGAGACUACGAAUAGGAUUGAGAAUAUGAUGGCACAAGCUAGAGGGUCCUCUGCUGAAUUGCAUAGGUCUCAUACUACUUUACAUUAGAAGAACCCUAAUUUUAAAACAAACUGAUUUUU